UUACCCACUCAUAUUGAAGUGGGAGGAUUCAAACAUGGGUAUAAAAAAGUGGCAACACAGCCCUGUCUGUCAGUUCAGCAUCACUGGACGACACAGCAGAUCCAGUUUCAUCUGAUAAACCUGCAUCUCUUUAUAAUGGAUAAAUCAUACAGACAAAACUUCACAGUUCAAUACUGCUUUCCUGGAAACAAUGCAUCCUGCAGAAAGCAGGUCCGAUCAGACCCUGCAUAUAUAUUUUUGUUAAUUUUUCUCUCAUGUAUAUCUGUGUGUACUGUGAUUUUGAACUUGUUGGUGAUUAUCUCCAUCUCUCACUUCAAGCAGCUCCACACUCCAACCAACCUGCUCAUCCUCUCUCUGGCUGCAGCAGAUCUUCUUGUGGGAAUGUUUGUUAUGCCUGUACAAAUCACACAACUGAAAGACUCCUGUUGGUAUUAUGGAGAAAUGGCAUGUUCUAUCUUUGAAAUAAGCACUGGAUACUCAACGGCAGCAUCUCUGUGUAGCCUGGUUUUGAUUGCAGUUGAUCGAUACAUUGCUGUCAGUGACCCUCUGCAUUACCCCACUAGAAUCACAGUUUCUAAAAUGACUUUGUUCAUAAUUCUAGGCUGGUCUUUUUCUGUGAUGUAUAUAACUAUAUUUUUUUACUUUAAUCAUGAUCUACUUAAAUCUCAAACAGUCACCAGUUGUUAUGGGGAAUGUGCAGCGAUUGUUAAAGAUUCCUGGGUGAUUAUUGAUCUGGUAGUUUGUUUUGUAGCUCCUUGUUCUCUUAUACUGAUCCUGUAUUUAAGAGUUUUUAAUGCUGCAAGACGUCAAGCUAAAUCUGUCAGAUCUGUAACUAAUGCUUUUUCACAGAGACAUAAGCCAGCAAGAUCCCCUGAAACCAAAGCAGCAAAAACACUGGGGCUUGUGAUUUUUGGUUAUCUUGCUUGCUAUAUACCAUUUUAUGUAAGUUCUUUGACAGUAGAAAGUGUUACAACUUUAUCAGUAGUGUUGAAUGUGUUCAGCUGGUUAAUAUACAUAAACUCCUCUGUCAAUCCCCUGAUAUAUGCUAUAUUCUAUCCAUGGUUCAGAACAUCAGUUAAGAUUAUUGUAACAUGUAGAAUAUUUCAAUCCUCAUCUUCAAGGUUAAAGUUGCUCUCAGAGUCUUUUUAAUUUCAGGCUGGAUUCAUUUUUGUUUUAGAUGUUAUAGAUGUCCUCCUGGAGGACAGUGCAAUAUAUGAGGCUUGGGAUCUCUGUUUACAAUUUUGAUGUUUUACACUGUAGAAAAAUAAUCAUUUCAAAUGAUUGUUCUAUUAUUACACUAUGUUUAUGAUUUUAUGUUUAACAGCGAUUUAGUAGCAUACUGAAAUGUGAGACAUAAUUAUUAAA